GUUUGAAGUUGUUUGUGUGCCGUGUUCGAGUUCGCUCGACUCCCGGCUCCGGCAGUUGUCAGUCGCUUGGCGCAGGAGACGCACAUUCGUGUUCGUGUAACUUGGUUCUACACGCAGCCAACAUGACUAGCAACAAAAUAUGGCAAAAGAUGCAAGAAGACGGGUACGUGGUCUUAGAAGACUUCCUGACCCCAUCAGAAUGUGACGAGAUGGUUGCAGCGGGAACAGAAUUCACAAAGAAUUUACCUCCUAAAGAACAAAGGAUCAUUUUCUCUACUGUCAACUCUGAAAAGCAGCAACUACAAGACGAGUAUUUCCUGAAUAGCAACGAUAACAUUAGUUAUUUCUUCGAAGAAUCUGCAGUCGGGCCCGACGGAGAAUUGGCUGUAGACCCCAGUAUAUCACUGAACAAAGUCGGUCACGCGUUGCACUACCAGCACCCGAUCUUCAGAUGCUACACGUAUUGUGACCGCGUGAAGGAAGUUGCCAAAGCUCUGGGCUUCAAAGAACCGGCGGUGGUGCAGUCCAUGUAUAUCUACAAGAACCCUGGUAUUGGAGGCGAAGUAACUGCACACCAAGACAUUACAUAUCUGCACACCUCCCCUGUACCACCAGUGGGUUUCUGGAUAGCCCUGGAAGAUGCCACAGUUCAAAAUGGAUGUCUCUGGAUGGUCCCAGGAUCCCACAAGUCUGGAGUCCAUAGACGACUUACAAGGAAUCCAAAUAGUGAUAGUAAAGAUAAACUGAUUUACGACAAUCCAGCACCAUUCUAUCCUCAGUCUAGAUUUACUCCAGUUCCAGUUAGUAAAGGUACCUGCAUAGUCCUCCACGGUAACGUAGUACACAGGAGUGCGCACAACCACUCCAGCAGCGGGCGGCCCGCAUACACGUUCCACAUCAUAGAGAAGCAGGACAACCAGUAUUCCGCGGACAAUUGGCUGCAGGAGGGAGAGCGCGCACCCUUCUCCAACCUCUACACCACCUCGCAGCUCAUGUAGAUGGGUAGACCACACCCGUUAACACACAAGUCCCAAGAUAACGUUUAAGUAAAGUUUGUUUGCUUUGACAUUAUUUUUUGAUGGAUUUUAGUUAUGUAAUUUAAUAAUUAAUCAUUAUUAUUGACGCAAAAUACACAUACAUACUACAUAUUGCGAAUUGAUAACUACUUCAGAUGGAAAAUUAAAUCAAUGUACACACAGUGUGCAGAGUUUGUGGUACUAGACAAAAUUGUUCACGAUUCAUUUUAAGUACCUUUCGGGUAUCACUAGUAAUUGCACCUAGAGCCUAGGUAGUAACAGUUACCAAAUAUAACGCUCAUGUUAAUAAGUGAAAUAUCAAUAUAAGUGAAAUACUGAAAAAUGAGUCGUUAAGUUAAUAUAUUUUUGUAUUAUAACUUUUGUAAGACACCGUCUCACCGACGAGAUAACACGACUAGUUUCAAGCUACGCUCGGGGCCCGUAGCGUUGGCGUUAUCACGUUACAUGAAUUUGUGACUAUGGGCUCCUGGUGUGGUGUAGUUACCUUAAUAAUAUAUUCAAAUUAUAAAUGUAUAUCUGCAAUAUUAUUAAAAAUAAAUAAAUGUUUAAGAAUAUGUGCUUGUGACGUCAUUCGUAAGUACAGAAAUGGAAAAUAAUUAUCAUUAUAAUAUUAUGCAUUAUAUCAAUGUUUUUGUGUACGAUAGCACAUAUUUUUAUUUUGUGAUAAGUACAUUCAUAAAUUUAAAUACCUAUUGUACGCCAUAUUUUUGACAAGAUUACAAUAAACUCGAUAUUUUAAUACUUUUUUAUUUUAC